GGCAGGAAGCAGAGGACCCAGCUUGGCUGGGGGUAGUGGGCAGGGCGUCCUGGGGUGGCCCAGCCAGCCCUGGAUGCUGCCUCCAGGCUCUAUGUAGUGUAUCUGCCGGCCCACACCCCUCUCUUGGGCCAAUCACAGAAAGAACGGGGCAGAAGCCAGGAGAGGAAAGGGAGGGAGCUUGGCAUAUCUGGUCAGGGGAGGGGAGGGACCCUGCCAGCCUGGGGCCCGUAAGCAGUACUGAUAACAUCUCUGCACCAAGGCCAGCAGCCCCCAUCCCUGAAGGGCUGGGUAGACUCGACAUCCCAAGAGAUGAACACAUAAGCUCUGACUCCUGCAGAAAGGCAACGGGAACUGGGAGAGGCAGGGAGAGGCCGGGACACGCUGGGUCCAGCUCCACCAAGCCCAGUCCUGACAAUGACAAUGGAAUAGCACGGAAUAGACCAAAGCCAGCUCUGCCGGGUACUAAAGGCAAGAGGAUUCACCACAGCCUCACGGAGAACGCUGGGAUCUCCGAGUUGCCCGGCGCCCAUGGACUCUGCCCCACUGAGGCCAGCCAGCCAGCCCCACCCAGACGAGGGCCACCCGCCGCCCCUUGAGGCUGUCCCCGUCCCCUGGAAGAGCGUGGGCCCCUGCAAAAGCCACAGGGAGUCCCCAAGAGGCCUGGCGGAGACCCCUGCAGGGGAGGAGGCCCGAGGUGAGGAGGGCCCUGCGGCCACCCCGCUGGACGUGCUGCGUCUGCGAAGCUCUUCCAUGGAGAUCCGCGAGAAGGGCUCCGAGUUCCUGAAGGAGGAGCUGCACAAAGCCCAGAAGGAGCUGAAGCUGAAGGACGAGGAGUGUGAGCGGCUGUCCAGGGUGCGGGAGCAGCUGGAGCGGGAGUUGGAGGAGCUGACAGCCAGCCUGUUCGAGGAAGCCCACAAGAUGGUGCGGGAAGCCAACAUGAAACAGGCAGCGUCGGAAAAGCAGCUGAAGGAGGCACGGGGCAAGAUCGACAUGCUGCAGGCAGAGGUGACAGCCUUGAAGACACUGGUCCUCACGUCCACACCAGCCUCUCCCAACCGCGAGCUCCACCCACAGCUGCUGAGUCCCACCAAGGCCGGGCCCCGCAAGGGCCACUUGCGGCAUAAGAGCACGAGCAGCACCCCCUGCCCCGCUGUGUGCCCCGCUGCCGGACACACCCUCUCCCCGGACAAGGAGGGCAAAGAGGUGGACACAACCCUGUUCGCAGAGUUCCAGGCCUGGAGGGAAUCCCCCACCUUGGACAAGACCUGUCCCUUCCUCGAAAGGGUGUACCGGGAGGACGUGGGCCCCUGCCUGGACUUCACCAUGCAGGAGCUCUCGGCACUCGUACGGGCCGCUGUGGAGGACAACACGCUCACCAUUGAGCCCGUGGCUUCACAGACGCCACCCAGCGUGAAGGUGGCCGCGGUCGAGUGUGGCAGCACCAAUACCUGCGCCCUGAGUGGGCUGGCUCGUGCCUGUCGCCACCGAAUCCGGCUUGGGGACUCUGAGAGUCACUACUACAUCUCGCCAUCCUCCCGGGCCAGGAUCACCGCGGUGUGCAACUUCUUCACUUAUAUCCGCUACAUCCAGCAAGGCCUCGUGCGGCAGGAGGCGGAGCCGAUGUUCUGGGAGAUCACGAGGCUGCGGAAGGAGAUGUCGCUGGCCAAACUUGGCUUCUUUCCCCAGGAGGCCUAGGGCACGGCCGGGCGGGGCCUGGAGGGGGGCUCUGAGCCGCAGCCAGCACCUGCUCCGGCACAGACAGACAGGAAGACAGGGUCCUGGCGCCAGCCCUGAGCCAGAAGCCGAGCAGACGGACAGUCGGCCAGGCCACGGAGGCCUUGCUGAGCUGGUACCAAACAUUCAUCCUGGGACAGAUGGGACCUCAUGAGCUGACCCUUCACCUUUCCCCAGUGGCCCGACAGCCACCAGGGGACUUUCAAGAGAGCACCAAAGACCAAGGAGCUUGGACUCACACUCAGGGGCUCAGCACCCCCUCCCUCCCCCCACUUUGCAGUCCUGGGAGCUGCUGCUUGCAGUCACCUUGUUGCCGAGAUGUCCUCAGAAAGGGAUCUCGCUGGGUGGCCUGACCUCCAGGGUAUCCCCCACCUCAGUUCCUGAGCCCCGGGCCACCAGCACCCCCUUGUGGCCAAUCUCUCCCAUUCCCGUGGGGGCAGUGUGGCUGCAAGGGGCUGUCAGGGACUUGCACACCAUGUGCUUGAGAGCUACCCUGAAUAGUUCUUAAGAUGGGUCAAGGCCCCUUCUCCCACCAUCGAACUUGACCUUCCCCCUCCUCCAUCUGAGCCUUGUGCUCCAGGAGGCCCUGCCCCCCACCACUGGAAGGAUUAGGAUACUUUUCUCCCAAAGUAAAACACAGACAGGACCUCAGGACACCCGUGUCUGUGUUCAGCUGUGGGUGGCCGUUCAGACCGUGGGGGUUGAGGUUGCCAAGCCCUGCACACAGAACUGGGGGAGGGUGGGCAGGAUGCAGGCCCCUCCUCGCCCCUCACAACCCACUCAGGACCGGGGUCCAACCUGGACACAUCCCUCACCAUGGCUGAUUUCCUCCUUCGAAUGGAAUGUAACACGAUCUCUAUUUAAUAAAGGAAGCCUUUGUUGGUA